UUUUUUUGCUUCUUCAUCCCUUUGGACGAAGCCUAUCCUGGCAACGCGUAGCAUCCCGAUCGAAAGCUGAAUCCAUCUCGGCGAUAUUAUCGAUCGGAUUCCUCCGUUUGAUUUCCUCUUCGGUCUCCCGGCAACUCCUCCGAUCACCUGCGAUCUCCGAUCUGAAGAGCAUCGCCCGGCCACGAUGCAGCACGGCAGCGAUUAUGGCUCCUACUACGCCCCCCAGUACGCCGGCCCUACGUACAACCCUAACCCUACCCCUAAUCCCGCCGAAUUUCCUCCGUCCAAUCCAAUCCAACAAGCAUACGCCUCGGCGCCCCCGUUCUCCACUGAUUUUCCAGGCUACGCCGCCGCUCCUGCCGCCUCCUACGCUCCUCCCUCUUCCCAGAAUCCGGAGUCCGCUCCAGGUUUCAUGCCUUCGGAUCCUUCGUAUGGCCAACCUCACGCUCAAUUCCCGCCCCAAUUUUCCUCCUUCCCUUCAUACAAUCCCUCGCGCUACCCGGCGGAGGCACCUCCAUCUCCCUAUCCUCACCAACUUCCCUCUUCCGUUCCAUGUUAUCCUUAUGACCCCAAUCAUUCGGCCGCUGGGAGUUAUGCCCCACCUGUUAACCCUGCCUCCAUAGCCAGCUCUCCCCCCAACCCAAGUUCCUCCUUUUCCUCUUCUUACCCUUCUUAUAAUGCUCUUUAUCAAAGCUCUGCUUCUAUGCCUGAACAAGAUUUUCAGUACGAAAAUUCUGGUAGAUACGCUGCAAGCAUGACCUCUGGGUAUGGUCUUGGCCGAUCGGGCGUUGGUCAGGAUUUCAAUGAGAAGAACAUAUAUGUUGGUGCACAAGACAGUGGUCUCGAUGAUGGUGUGUAUCGGUAUGAUGGUGGGAGGUCUGAGCCUUAUGGUGCCCGGGGAACAGCACCCACCAAGUCUCCUGCCCUAUUUGAUGAUUAUGGUAGGUCGAUAAGCUUCCCGUCUGAUGGGAAGAGCCAGGGAGGAAGCUUUGGGAAAAUAGUAAGGGCAGUGCCAAAGGUGGAUACAAAUCAGGAUGUCAAAAAUGGGGUGCAGAAGUUCCGAGUGAAGUUGCUGCCAGAAGGGGGCGGUCAGAGCACCAUGGACGUACUUUGCCAGAUUGGAUUGGAUGGAAUUCGAAUGCUUGACCCAAGUACUAACAGAACUUUGAGGAUCUACCCGCUGGAGACAGUGAGCAGAUGUGAAGUGUUGGAUUCAACUACAUUUGUCUUUUGGUCCAAGAGCUCAGUUGACAUUGAUCCCAGGCGAAUUCGGCUGCAGUCAAAUAGUUACACCACAAGUACUAUACUUGACACAGUAACAGCAGCUACAGUGCAGCUCAAAGAGAUGGGUGGAAGUGACAGCCUAAUAAGGGGCAAGCCAACUGCUGAUGCUGACAAGGUAUCUGAUCAAUCAGCUGAAAGAAAAAAGGGAUUGGUGGAUUGGAUGAACUUGAUAAAGCCUGCUAAUGAAGAGAAAGAUCACUGGGUUCCAGAUGAAGCUGUUGCCAAGUGUACAUCAUGUGGAUCAGACUUUGGAGCCUUCAACCGGAGGCACCAUUGCAGGAACUGUGGUGAUAUUUUCUGUGAUAAGUGUACCAAGGGUAGAAUUGCAUUAACUGCAGAUGAAAAUGCUCAACAAGUCCGUGUUUGUGAUAGAUGCAUGGCAGAAGUUACCCGAAGGUUGACCAAUGCAAAAGAAGUUGCCAGCAAACCUGUUGGACAAAGCCAUGAAGAUCUUGCACGUAAACUUCAGGAGGAAAUGGACAGAAACCGCAAAUCAGGCACAAAGACUAGCGACAGCGGUGGUGGGAAGCGAAUGAAAGAAGUAGCAUGCCCCAUCUGCACAGUCCAUCUUCAGGUGCAAGUUCCCGCUUCAGGUUCCGAGACGAUCGAAUGUGGUGUUUGUCAACACCCCUUCCUAGUUAGUGCUCACUGAUCAUCCACUCCACAUUGCUUGCUGUUACGUGUGGUGUUCUGCUAUCAUUUUGCAUCCUCUCUGGUCGUAAUAUGAAUUCUGUAAAUGAACUCAAAACCCAAGUAUUUUGUUGAAAUGAUUAAAUUUUAGAUAACUAUAUAAGCUUCUAUUUGUCGUA